UGACAGGCGACACAACAGGAGACAUCGGGGACAGAUUAUCGCUGCUUCAGAGCUUUACAGUGAUUUACAGUUUCCAAAUCCCAAGUGCAGGAUACGUACCCUGAAAAAUAUGACAGACUUUAUUCCAACAACAGAUUCCGGUUACUAUGAUGUUUAUCAAGAUGAUGAAGAUGGCACAUUUUGCCAAAAGGGCAGUGUCAGAGAUUCACUGAAAAUCUUUGGACCUAUUGCCUUGUCUCUUAUAUUUAUUUUUGGGCUGGUGGGUAACAUACUGGUUGUUGUGACCUUCAGUUGCUACAAGAAAAGUAAGACUAUGACAGACAUCUUUCUUUUAAACAUGGCAAUAGCAGACUUACUGUUUAUAUUUACUCUUCCAUUCUGGGCUGUGUAUUUGGAAAAAAACGAAUGGAUUUUCGGGGAUGUUAUGUGCAAACUAACUAAAAGCAUCUACACAAUUAAUUUCAACUGCAGCAUGCUGUUAUUAGCUUGUGUGGGUAUUGACCGAUAUGUGGCCAUUGUGCAGGUUACAAAGUCGUUUCGAAUCAGAAACAUUGCACUGAAUCAUAAAGGAGUGAUCUGCUUGGCAGUUUGGAUUGUAGCGGCUUGCCUCUCCAUCAUAACAUGUAUAUUCAGUAAGACUUACGAAUUCGGAAACAAUCAGUUCAUAGUUUGUGACGCACAAUACCCAGCUGACUUAUCAGCAUCCAAUUGGAAAUUUGCAGUUAUAGCUGUAGAAAUUGGUACAGGCUUUUUAAUCCCCUUUAUUGUUAUGCUAUUUUGCUAUGCAUGUAUCAUUAAAACAUUACUGCAAGCAAAAAACUCCCAAAGAUACAAGGCAAUCCAAGUAAUUGUGACUGUAAUGAUUGUGUUUCUAGUCUGCCAGGUCCCCUACAAUGUGUCACUUUUGGUAAAAGCAAUUAAUUUGUUGCAGAGAUAUAACGGUUCGUGUUCUAUAUCAUUAGAGUAUGCACUCCAAAGCACAAGAUUGCUAGCCUUUUUUCACUGUUGUCUGAAUCCCGUCAUUUAUGCCUUUAUUGGUGUAAAAUUCCGAAAUUAUUUUGUGAAAGUAGUGCAAAACGUGUGCUUUUUUCAUAAGUUUCCCCUGUCUAGAACACGGAGCUCCAGGUUGUUCUCUGAUAUGUACACAUCAAGAAGGACAAGUGAGAUAUUCCCAAGUGAUGGUGGUUCAUCUUUCACGGUAUAGGACACAAGCAGAAAUCAUGUGAUGGCAUAUAUUCCCUGUUCACAUAUAAUAUAAAACAUCACAAUAACCAAGAAGUACUGUACAGAAAUUGCAUUUCUUGUUGUAGCUUCCCAUGAAAACCAUAGCAUGCUGGAUUUUUGGGGGAUUUUUAUGUAUGCUGAAUAUGGAAGAAGCAAACAUUGUUGCACAAAACAUGUUGCCGUAAAAUGAAAUGCCUAAAGGUCGAAACUUUUUGACUUUUAGUUUUAUAAAAAGUGGGGUACAGAUAGACUUGCCUUUAAUCGCAUUGGAGAGAUUUGCCCUCAUUUCUUAAGACAGGAAGUGAAAAGAACUCCCUCCAAUAGUGACACAGACUAAAACAAAACACGUAUUUCUUAGUAAAAUAGAAAUAGGGUUGAAAACCUUUUACAACUUAUUGUUACUGAUCGUUUCUUCCUGUCUCAAUGACAACUGCUUCCCUCACUUCUUGCUAUGUCAUCACGUUGUCAAAAGGAUUGGAGCUGAGGUAAAAUCUCUUUAACAAGGCCAAACAUUGCAAUACAAAUCUGACACAUCCUCCUUCCACACACAAACAAUCAAACUACAAAAAAAGGGGAGGGUGGUCACUAUUUUUAUUAAUUUUCUCCUGUUCAUUCAACAGCAAAAGCAGUACCCACAUCUUUCACCCAAAGUUCAAAUAUAAUUUUUCUGAUAUAUUAGCAUUCAUGGUGUGUUUUGGGUCACCCCGCUGGCUGCAAACUCUAAAAAUGUAUUCCACAGUUUUUUGGGGGGUGUUAAGGGGUAGGUAGCAAGGAAUUACUUUUAGCUCUUGUCAGAAACUACCUACAUUAGCUAAACGCCAUCCAUUAUUUCAAUCAUGUGUCAGUCAUCAUACUUGCAACAUGUUAAAAUGCCACAAUAUCGUGUUCACUUUCCAAAUCUUCACACAGCAUUUCCAGGCUGCUGUAAAAAAAA